CACACUUUAUCGGUUUUAUUAUAUUCGAAAUCCCUUCAAAUUUGGUGACAGACAUUUUAGGGCUUCAUGUUUGGUUGCCAAUCUUAAUGAUAUGUUGGUCAAUAACGUCUAUGACUCAAGCUGCAUGUACAACCGUGGUUCAGCUAGGCUUUGUUAGAUUUCUUAUAGGAACGUUUCAAGCAGCAUAUCCUCCAUCAAUAAUAGCAUACAUCGGUUCGUUUUAUUCUAAAAAUGAAUUGACUUUAAGGUAUUCUUUAAUUACGACUUUAGUCACCAUUGGUGGUGCUCUUAGUGGGUUCUCUUCAUAUUUCAUAGUUCAAAUAUCUGAUUCUUCAUUAAGUGGUUUUCAAUGGUUAUUUAUAAUUGAAAGCAUUCCAACCUUAAUUAUGGCAAUAAUUAUUGUUGUAUUUUUGACUCGUGGUCCUGGAAAUGCUCGUUUCUUUACUCCUGAAGAACGUAAAUUCGCUAUUGAACGUUUAAAAUCUGAGUGUGAUCCCGUUGAAAUUGAUAGUGAUCUCGCAAAAGCUCAAGUAAAAUUUGCCUUCACUGAUAUUUUAACUUAUAUUUACACAGUAGUGCUUUUAACUACUACAAUUCCAUUCUAUGCUCUUAAUUUUUACCUUCCAACUUUAGUUAGUCAACUUGGUUAUAAUGAUUUUCAAGCUCAAUUAAUGGUCGUACCACCACUUAUUAUUUCAACUAUAUUUAUGCUCCUUAAUUCAUGGUGUUCUGAUAAAUAUCAGACAAAAACUAUAAAUGCAUUGGUCGAUUUUUCAUUAUCCACUAUUGCAUUGGUGGGAAUGCUCGCAACGCGCGCAGAUGACCCUACUGCUCAAUAUAAGCGCAACACGAUGACUGCUAUAGUAUUAACAUCUAAUCAAAUUGGAGGUAUCAUCGGGCUUUUAAUAUUUCCAGCUACUGAUGCUCCAUCAUUCAUUAUGGGAAGUUCCGUAUGCUUAGCUACAGUGAUUUUAUCAGCUAUUUUAGCUAUUGGAUUAAAAUUUUAUUUGGAAUUAUUAAAUAAUAAACGUGAUUUAACUAUUUUAGCAAAUCAUAAAUAUAAAUUAAAUGAUAAUGAUUUGAAGAAUAAUAAAAGGAUUAGAGAAAUUGCUAUGGAAUUAGUGGAAAAGGAACCAAAAUAUGAUGAAGUUUUGUGCGAUAGACAUCUUAAUUGGAG